UAAGGUGGACGCCAUAAAGGAGAAGAAGUGGGUGACUGUGGGUGACACAUCCCUGCGAAUCUACAAGUGGGUCCCUGUGACAGAGCCAAAGGUGGACGAUAAGAACAAGAACAAGAAAAAGGGUAAAGAUGAGAAGUGUGGCUCUGAGGUGACCACGCCGGAGAACAGCUCCUCCCCGGGGAUGAUGGACAUGCACGAUGAUAACAGCAACCAGAGCUCCAUAGCGGAUGCCUCCCCGAUCAAACAGGAGAACAGCAGUAACUCAAGCCCUGCUCCGGAGCCCAACUCAGCAGUGCCUGGCGAAAGCACUGACGCCAAGGCGGACGAGGCCCAGGCCGACGGGAAGGAGCUCCCUGGGGUGGAAGAUGCUUCUGACGAGCAGAAUUCGCAGUCUUCAAUGGAAAACUCGAUGAACAGUUCAGAGAAAGGUGAACGGCAGCCAUCUGGAGACGCGGGUCUAGCUGCAGAGAUGUCCGCAAUCUCUCAGGUACCUCGAUCGAGGUCUCAGAGGGGCAGCCAGAUCAGCCGGGAGCCCGUUGGGGUGUCGGGGGAUUUGGAAGGAGUGCCGCCCUUGAAGAAGAUGAAACUGGAGGCCUCGCAACAGAACUCUGAAGAGAUGUAGACAGUACGUUCAGUCCUGCUGUCCAUGUUUCACGGGAGAUCCAUCUGCAGGUUGAAUCCUAGAACAACUUCACCUGAGCAGUUCCUCUCGGGUGCAGACAGGACUACUAACUUUCCAAGUUUACCAAGUGCAAAUCCAAGAAAACCCAGAACAGCGUAACUUCUCAGACACUGAAGAACUUUCUGCUGUGAAGCAAAACACUCGAGUGUUGAAGGGACUGUCCUUGGGAAGGCGGGGUCGACAGCUCAGGAGUGUCUGCACACUGUCUCUGAAGCCAAGAUUACAUUUGUGUUGCUGCUGUAUUGUUUUGUGUGUCCCCCCCCCACUUCUCUAUUUAACGAUAUAAGCUAUUCGAGGGUGGUACCGAUCAGGGAAUCGGUUUUCGUCGGGGCUUUUCACUGUUCGCCCGAUUCCUUCCGCUUUCUUUUUUUGUGCCUUGUGCCCUUGAGGUGACCUCUGGCAUGUUUUCCUAGUUGUUUUGCAUCUCCCUUUGCAAAGUGCCCUCGGUUUUGUCCAGGCAGCUGGCGCCCCCGUCCUCACACCUCUCUCCUCCCUGACCCGGGACUUCAGCUGGAGCGGAACAGGCAGGGAGGAGGGGGACCCGAGGCCUCGCAAGAGCAGGACCUCCUUGGCCGCCUGAUCUGCAGCUGCAGGGGCGUCAGGCAAGCCCUGGGCCCUGGGUCCAAGGUCCGAGGAUCCUCAGAUGUCGGGGCACUGCCGCCGAGGGCUGGCCUCCGGAUGUGCUCUCUCACUUCCUCGGGGCAUCUGGGGCCGGUAUUUCCAAGGCCACCGUGGUGGCCCAGACGGACGCACAGAACCCUUCGAUUGCUCUGGCACUUGCAGCCUCCCCCCACCACACGGCUUUCUCCCACACCUCCGAGGACGAAGCGGCUUCUGUGGCUGACUGCAGGAUUGUCUCCUUAGGACGACAAAAGGACUGAGGAGGCUGGGAGCAGAUGGCAGGAAGAGCUGGUGCUGAACUUGCUGUCAUGCGAUGUUGCCUGGAUUUCAAAUCCACAGUAACCUGCUACCCUCUGCCUCCCCCCAACUCGGCAACCUCCCCCCCACCCCCCUGCUGCCCGGGGAGAGGCAAGAUUGCAAAGUGUUCUGAUGCUCAGAGCCAACAGUCCGAUGGCCUCUCGCUCCCAGGAUGCACUCACGGUCCCCAUGGGGGAGCAGACCCGAGGAUUGGGCCUCAAAGGCCAGAAGCAAGGCACCAAGGAGUGAGACGCCCUACACUCCUCCAGAAAGGGGUGAUCGAGUCCUCUCUCCUCGCCUCCAUCCUCUGCCUGUGUGCUGGGACACCUUCCUCUCACUAAAAUGGAGAUACCCCCUUGGACGAACUGCCUGAUUGUUUGGUUCUGAGGCCUGGUUUGCUCUUAAUUCCUAGAUGGACUCCUCGGACCUUAACCCUUUUCCUGAGCUUUCUUUACUGCACUGGAGUUCCAACUCCCUUUGAGUUGAGUGAGGGUGGGCGGGUUGGGGGGAGGGGGUUGUUUUGUUUUGUGGUUUUUUUGUUUUGUUUUGUUUUCGUUUUUGUUUUGCUGAUUGGUGCAUAUUCAGGUACCACCUUUGAUACCUUUGACGUGUGGAUCUCUCUCCUGACCACCAUGGAAAGUGUCUGCCAGUUUCUAAGUUUCUGAGGGCGAGGCUCUUACUUGUUUUUAAGGGAGCCAAUCUAUUUCCUGCACUUCAAGAAGAAUCAAAAUGUUCCUGAAUUUCAAAUACCUCAUGCAAAAAUGUCUCCUGAAAUAAGGGAAAAAAACAAAAAACAAACUUUGAAAAUCUUAAUGUUGAAGUUCGCAAUGCCGAAAGGUUUCUGUCUUAAAAAAAAAAAGUCCUUAUCAAUUUUGCCCCUCAGGCAGUCAGCUCUGUGCAGAACUGUGUUCUGCGUUACCUCUCAGCGUAUCUCAAGGCGGCUUUACCUCCAGAUCCUCUAGAGCUAGAGUAACUUUUUUUCUUUGCAGCGAAACUCCAUUUUGAUGAAAGAUGAAUUUGGAUAUUUAUUUCCUUUCUUUUUGGGAAAUGAGAGGUUAGAACCAAGACAGCUGAAGGAGAAUCACACGCAUCCACAGAAACGGCACGUCGGCCGGGGGUUCCCCACCCCCCGCCACCCUGGGGGCCCCUUCCGGUUGCGGUGGCCUCUCUGGACAGGCAAGGGGAGUCAACGCGGUUGAGGAUGAAGACGACAUCUGCGACACCGAGGCUGUCAUUUGUUUUUCUCUGAAGUGCCUGAAGGUAGGAAGGGGCCUGUGGCCGGGACCGACUGGGCCCCCCCCAGCUGCUGAGGCCACGCCAGACAAAGCACCAGCGGCCCUGUACUCAUCGCUGGCCGGGAAGGCCUUCCACGCAGGACAGUGAGACUGCAAAAAUCCAGAUGUGCUUCCUUCCCCGACGCAGUCCGCUCCUCGGAGCCACUGUCCCCCACCCACCCUGUGCCCCUCGCCCCCCCUCCCACCACAGAAUCUAAGACCUUUCAGCGGCCGAGCCAGGGGCGGGGCGGGGGGGGCGCUCGGCACAUGCCUUCCGUGGCCACCACAUGGCCUAAAGGGCUCCCAGGGCAACCUUGCUCCCCGCCACACGUGAAGGGGGAGCUUCGGCUACACAUUCCACAAAGUGCUGGCACUUACACCCGGAACCCGGAAGGCGGUGGACCCGUUUAUAGGGUGGUGACCUCCCAUUACCAACGAUGUCAUGGUUUGGAAUGUUCAUUAUCGCCAAGGACCCGGUUAGAGGUAUAAAGACCUUUUUUUCACCGUUACCUAAUUUUUUUUUUUCCUCUGACGUUUGGGUUUUUGUUUAGUUUUUUGUUGUUUUUUUGUUU